GCUCUUGUGGACUCAAAAUCUCAGGCCCCAUUAGUGACCAAACUAUGAGAUCUCUUCACGUCCCACACACCACACUUCGUGCCUCUCUCAAGCACAAACACCCCCCUCAUUAUUGUCUCUCUCUCUCUCUCUAGGAAGAAAGAUAGGAUGAAAGAGAGAUAAUGGAGAAAUGGACGGGCAGGAGAGUUCUGAAGAAAUGUGAAAGAUGAGGAGUAAGUCUUGUGUAAUGUUUCCAUGGCCUGUCAUACAGCUACUCUAUCUUCUUCCCCCAGGAGGAAUGUGUUCUCCCUUGAAAAGAAGCCAACCUCUCCUCAGAUUUCCUCUGACAAGAGACCCAUCCCUGCAUUGAUUUCCUCUCUAAACAGGAAAGCCACUUACAACCCCCUUGUUUUCCAGGCUGCUAAGCUUCUGGGGCCUACUGCAAGAUUUCAAGCCUCAAAGCUAAAGGUGGUUUUCAUGGCAGAAGCGAUCGAGAAGUAUACUGAGAUUGUCCCAAGAACAUACAUUCUAUCUCAUUGUGAUAUGACAGCUAAUUUAACCUUAGCCAUCUCCAAUUCCAUCAACCUUGAGCAGUUGAAAGGAUGGUACAACAAGGAUGAUGUGGUGGCCGAAUGGAGGAAAGUUAAGGAUGAACUUUUUCUGCAUAUUCACUGCCAUGUGAGUGGUCCCAAUCACUUGCUAGACAUAGCUGCUGAGUUCAGAUACCAUAUCUUCACCAAGGAGUUGCCUCUGGUGCUGAAAGCAAUGCUACAUGGAGAUUCUAUCCUUUUCAAAGAGCAUCCGGAGCUAAUGGAGACUCUGGUAUGGGUUAAUUUCCAUUCUAGUUCAAAGAAGUACAAUCGUAGAGAAUGUUGGGGGCCCCUCAAGGAUGCUGCAGAGAGAACUCAAGAGCAUCAACUACAGAGGUUAUUAAGUUCAGGUCAGGAAGUUCAUCAUCCUUCUCAAGAGAAGUUGGGAAGCCCAAAAUCCAUCCUACAAGCUCUUGUGUUAUUCCUCCUUUAAGUCAGACUGCAUAGCCAACAUCAUAUCAAAAAUACAACUCAUCACCACCAAUCCAAACCAACGGAAACUGUGACUUACAAAAUUUAGUGGUUGAUGGACUGCCAAAAUCAAUCCUUCAAAAUGAUGCUGUUCGAGACCAUUAUGAUAGCAGCUAUAGCAUUGCAUAAAACAUUGAUGAGAGCAAGGCAAUUUCAACACCCCACUUUACGCAUUUCUUCUUCACUCACCUCAUGUUUACAGGACAUCAGGGCCAUUUGAUUCAUUUGUUGAUUGAUGUAUGUUGAAUUUCCUUUAAUCCGUGUGUUCAGGUUUGACACUCCCUAUGCCAUGCUGUGCUUGUUCUUCAAUGGUUCUCCUUUCCUUGUGAAAACAGUUCUGACAUAAACAUCAUUUCUUCGACUUUUGCUUAA